UCGGGUUGGGUCAAGGUUCGAACAUUGUUCGACCCGAAACAAGUUUUCUAAAGUCCAAAGACGCCAAAACCCAAAAACACAAACGCUUUAGGCUUUAGGCUUUAGCCCCAAAAACGCGAACAGUCGAUCACAAUUCAAGCACUGAAGGCUGAAGCACAUACCUCGUCGGCUCCGCGUUCUUCUCCGACGAGUGCGCCUUCUCGUGGAAUCCGCUGCCGCCCUCCGAUCGACGCGCCUCCGCCUCCGCCUCGCCGUCGCCGUCGCCACCCGUCGCCUCCGCCUCGCCGACGCCGAAACCCUUGCCGCCGCGUGUGGCCGACCAUCGUCGACAGCUUGGGGACUGGGUUCGCUCGGCGAUCAUGGCGCUCGUUUCUCGCCUCGUUUCCAAGUCCCGGCAGGUUAAAAGUUAAGCUGAAGCAGCUAGCUGAGCAGUAUGUGCUUUCUGAACAACAUCAUGAACAGGAGAGCGAGGAAUACGAAGAUUAAUUUAUGGCAAUCAAAAUCUUGUCACGAUCAAGAAUUGCCAAAUACGACCACGGAGUCAAGCUCGAUGUUGUCUUCUCUCGAUGAUUGACGUAUUAGAGGCACGAGCGGGCAUCAUGUGGCUCUUGGCUCUCGCGUCGCUAGUUUUUCUAUGGUUUGCGUCUCUAAUAGCAUACUUCCCCAGAAAACCUGCGUUUCUCAUCAGUGGCGAAAAUGCUAACAAGAGCAAUGCAUUGCUGGUUGUAGCCCACCCUGACGACGAGUCCAUGUUUUUCUCACCAACAAUAAGUUUUCUCACUUCAAGGGGACAUAACCUUCAUAUUUUAUGCUUGUCGGUUGGUGAUGCUGAUGGCAAAGGAAAUAUAAGAAAAGAGGAGCUUUACCAAGCUUGUGUGACUUUCAAGGUGCCCCGCCAACAAGUUAAAGUCAUGGACCAUCCAGAUUUGCAGGAUGGGUUUGGCAACAAAUGGAAUCAUAACUUAUUAUCCAAGAUCAUAGAAGAGGAAGUCCUUGCUCGUGGCAUUAAUGUGGUUAUCACUUUUGAUGACUAUGGUGUUUCGGGCCAUUGCAACCAUCGUGAUGUGCAUUUUGGGGUUCGGACAUUCCUUCAAGAGACGGCACAAAGAGAUAUCGAGGCCUGGGAACUUGUAAGUACCAACAUCUUACGCAAGUAUAGUGGACCAGUUGAUUUUUGGAUAUCCAUGUUGUUUGCCUUGCUUAGCCCCACUGGGUCAGCGCAUUGCUUAAUGAAUGAGAAUCCUCGGAGGAGCUUUAUUGCUAUGUCGCAACACUCGAGUCAAUGGGUUUGGUUUCGCAAGCUUUUCGUUUCCUUCUCUAGCUACACAUAUGUAAACACGCUAAGAAGCAUCGACAGAUUGGAGCAAGUGCAACGAAAGGGCAAUGAUCAAGAAUUGUAGCAUUGUAAAUUUAAUAUUUGGCAUUUUGCUGCUGUUGGGGUUCCCUUAACACCGUGGAUGGAAGUUAGAUGUCUGUUGUAAGCCGAAACUUUUGAUGAACCCCCCUUGAUAUGAAUGGUUCUUUUCCCUUUACAAUUCCUUUUUAUUGUUCAUGAUGAA